AUGAUGGAAUUGAUUGAGUUCUUUACCCAGGAACUAAACAGGGAUCGAUUCAAGGUUUCAAUGCAAUCAGCUCUGUUGAUUAGUAAACCUAAAAGGUGGGGAACAGGGGAGGAGGAAGAAGAAGAAAGAUGGAGUUACUGUCCUUCACAAUGUCACAUUACAAGAGGAAAGGUCCAUCCACAUACUGAUCCUCUUGGGCAACAAAACAAUAUUUGAUCCUUCAAAGCCACAAACAAUAAUUCUUCAAGAAACCAAGAAAAUGAUUCCCCUUACCGUUAAAAUGGAAACAAACGCAGCAGCAGGAGAGGGGGGACGAACCCUUGACUAAUAGUGUCAAAUAUAGGUCACACUUGUUUGUGACAGGAUUUCGGUGGCCUCGAAUCCACCAACAAGAAAGAGAAGGGAAAUGAGAAGUCAAGAACAUAAAAAAUCCAGUAACUUUUUUUUUAUACACAAUAUAGGAAGACAUCCUGUCAGCUAAUCAGUACCUAGUCAGAUUGGUUGCUGCAACAGAAGGUACAAUAUCCGUGGGUGUGCAAUCGACAUCCAAGUGUCACAUAGGUUGUGGGACUGCAACAUGCUAGACAAUUGAAAAAGUUUUCACCGCCCUUUCACCGCUCUCAGUUGUGUAAGUUGCAUGGAGGAAUACUCUGUUCUUACUGUUUCAACAAAUCAGUUAAAAAAAUUACACACACACACACACAGACAUCUUCAAUGCAGAAAAAGCAGCAGCACUGAUAAAAGUGGUGGGAACCACAAUCCAGUUGCAAUCCUACCAAAGUAUAAUGGGAAGUGCAAGGUGCCAGAAGACCAAAAACGUUGAGUUCGAUUGUCUGACAGAGGGAUAGGUGUACAAAUGAGCUGCUUGCAAUCACCAAUACCUUCAUGGAAACAAGAGAAAUUUGAUUCCUGCAUUAUUAUUUACAGAUCAU